AUAAACCCAAUCUCCAGCCAGCUACACAAACAUUGGAACAAUAGUUCGCCAUGGCUGCUGCUCCAGCAAUCCAGUUGCCGGAGGCGUACCAAGCCGGCUCUCUGGCGGUGCCGCCAUGGCUGAACAAAGGCGACAACGCGUGGCAAAUGAUAUCCGCCACGCUCGUCGGCCUACAAAGCGUGCCGGGGCUUGUCAUACUCUACGGCAGUGUAGUAAAGAAAAAGUGGGCGGUGAAUUCAGCUUUCAUGGCUCUAUACGCUUUUGCGACGGUAGUGAUCUGUUGGGUAUUAUGGGCUUACAAGAUGUCGUUCGGUCACAAGCUGCUUCCUUUCUGGGGAAAAGGCGGACCGGCUCUGGGGCAAAAGUUCCUCCUCGAAAUGGCUAAGCUGCCUGAAACAACGCAGUACUUUGGUAACGGUGAAAUCGAGACGGGCAUGGCUCGGCCCUACUACCCCAUGGCGACAAUGGUGUGGUUUCAGUGCGUGUUUGCAGCGAUCACGCUCAUAAUUUUAGCGGGGUCGCUGCUGGCGCGGAUGAACAUCAAGGCGUGGAUGAUGUUUGUGCCGCUCUGGCUUACUUUCUCUUACACUGUCGGAGCCUUCAGCUUGUGGGGUGGCGGAUUCUUGUUCCAUUGGGGUGUCAUGGACUAUUCCGGUGGUUAUGUCAUUCAUCUUUCUUCAGGGAUCGCCGGAUUCACAGCUGCUUACUGGGUAGGACCAAGAUCAAGAAAAGACAGGGAGAGAUUUCCGCCAAACAACGUUAUAUUAACGCUGGCAGGAGCAGGGCUAUUGUGGAUGGGAUGGGCGGGCUUCAACGGUGGAGAUCCUUACGCAGCCAACAUUGACUCAUCUAUUGCCGUCCUUAACACCAACAUAUGUGCCGCUACCAGUCUUCUAGUCUGGACGUGGCUCGAUGUCAUCUUCUUUAAGAAACCCUCAGUUAUUGGAGCCGUACAAGGGAUGAUCACCGGGCUCGUUUGCAUCACACCUGGUGCAGGUCUUGUUCAGGGAUGGGCGGCUAUAGUCAUGGGAAUAUUGUCGGGCAGUGUUCCAUGGUUCACCAUGAUGAUCGUACACAAGAAGUCAAAAUUGUUCCAGAAGAUUGAUGACACGCUGGGCGUGUUUCACACCCACGCGGUGGCCGGGUUGCUCGGCGGAAUCCUUACAGGGCUCUUUGCAGAGCCCGAACUCUGCAAGCUCUUUCUACCCAUCACGAGCUCCAGGGGAGGAGUGUAUGGAGGAUCCGGCGGGAAGCAGAUCCUCAAACAGAUCGUCGGUGGCUUGUUCAUCAUUGGAUGGAACCUCGUCGUGACUACUAUUAUUUGCCUUGUUAUAAAUUUGGUGAUUCCUUUACGCAUGCCGGAAGCAGAUUUGCUGAUCGGGGACGACGCCGUUCACGGCGAGGAGGCCUACGCCUUGUGGGGUGAUGGAGAGAAGUACGAUCCUACUAAGCAUGACAUUUAUUCUGAUGAUACAUUGCACCCUAAGCCAUCCAGUGGCGCUACUCAGGUGGUCUAGAGAGGAGGACGGUGGAUGCAUGUCUUCUUCAUAUUCAUUAAACAUCCGCGGCUUUCCGCCUGCCUGCCGGCCAGCCCCAACCCAAAAGAAGUCAAGGGCGAUGUAAUUUUCUUUGCAUGGUGAUUUACAGAAAAAUGUUUAUUUAUUGUAUUGUGAAAACAUCAGCCAAUAAAAGUAUAAUGUAGCUCUUUGGGCUUUAUCUUGUGGACGUAGGUCAUAAACCGAACUAUGUGUUGUAAAAUCAAAGUAAAUAAUAAGACAAGAUAAAGAGAUUGUAAAUAUGAAACUAGUUCUUCAGGAACUAUGAAUGAUUCUUCUCUAUAA